AUGUUUAGAAGAGAAAAAAUCACAGACAUAUUUAAGCUUUUAAACAAUCAAAAGUUAGAGCAGAAAGGAAUUAAAAAUAUUGAACACUUUAUUGGUACACUCAAAAUUAUAAGUAAACUCGACUUUAAUAAAAAGAACUUUUCACAUGAAGAUUAAGAAUAAAUAAGAAAAGAAUUGAUUUAAAGGAUUGGUUAAGAUAGGCAGAUCAUUGAAUUUUUGAAAUUCCUUGUACACCUGACAGCCUUUGAUGAGAAAUUUAUCUAAUGUGGAUCUAAUUCACUCAAUCUAUUAGUCGAUAUGAAGGUGGAUUUGACAUAAUAAAGCUUUGAGAAUAUCAGGAUAAGUAACACUUCUUUAGUUGGUGGAAAUUUUAUAAGAUGCAAUUUUAACGGGUCAGAAUUUGAUAAUGUUGAAAUAAGUGGAAUGAACUUGAAUUAAGCUUAAUUGUUUAAUUGUAGAUGGAAAAAUAUCAAAAUUCAUGAGUUAAAUAAAUUAGAUGGUCAUAGUGGAAGGGUCAAUUCUGUCUGCUUUUCUCCCGAUGGUAAGUCAAUAUCUUCUUGUAGUGAUGAUAAAUAGAUUCGUUUAUGGAAUGUGAAAACAGGGAAAAUAAAGUAAAUAAUCAAAGGAAAGGGGAAGGGAAAAUCAGUAUGCUUCUCACCUAAUAAUACUACAUUAGCUUUUAGCAGCGAUGAUCUUGGGUAUAUUUGGAAUGUUAAAACAGGAAAAUAAAUAUUUAAUUUAGGUGGUUAAUCAUUUAAGGUUAAUUCUAUCUGUUUUUCUCCUGAUGGUACUACGUUAGCAUCAGGUAGUUAUGAUAAGUCUAUCCGUUUAUGGGAUGUUAGGACAGGAUUAUAAAAAGCCAAAUUAGUUGGUCAUUCACGUAAGGUUAAGAAUAUCUGUUUUUCUCCUGAUGGUACUAUAUUAGCAUCUUGUAGUUCAGAUAAGUCUAUUCGUUUAUGGGAUGUGACGACAGGAUUAUAAAAAGCAAAAUUAGUUGGUCAUUCAGGUUUUGUAUAUUCAGUCAAUUUCUCUCCUGAUUGUUCUACAUUAGCAUCUGGUAGUUAUGAUAAGUCUAUCCGUUUAUGGGAUGUUAGGACAGGAUAAGAAAAAGUCAAAUUAGAUGGUCAUUCAGAUUGGGUAUAUUCAGCCAAUUUCUCUCCUGAUGGUACUACUUUAGCAUCUGGUAGUUCAGAUGAUACUAUCCGAUUAUGGGAUGUUAAGACAAGAUAAUAAAAAGCCAAAUUAGAUGGUCAUUCAGAUGGGGUUUAUUCAGUCAAUUUUUCUCCUAAUGGUACUACAUUAGCAUCUGGCAGCUCAGAUGAGUCUAUCCGUUUAUGGGAUGUUAAAACAGGAUAAUAAAAAGAAAAAUUAGAUGGUCAUGAAGAUAAUGUUAAUUCAAUCUGUUUCUCUCCUAAGGUUCAGAUGAGUCUAUUCGUUUAUGGGAUGUGACGGCAGGAUUAUAAAAAGCCAAAUUAGUUGGUCAUUCAGGUUUUGUUUCUUCAGUCAAUUUCUCCCCUGAUGGUACUAAAUUAGCAUCUGGUAGUUAUGAUAAGUCUAUCCGUUUAUGGGAUGUUGGGACAGGAUAAUAAAAAGCCAAAUUAGAUGGGCAUAAAUCAGCAGUAAUGUCAGUCAAUUUCUCUCC